AUGAAACCCGCGCAAUGCACUCACCACCAAGGGGCUGCGGCGACUACAGAAAACGUCACCGACGACAUCGCACUUGUACAGCAGCUCCUUCGACUGCGUAGCGAAGCGGCCGCCGCGGAGAUUAGGCAAAAAAUCGGGAAACAGGCCAACGCCUACGUCGACAACGUUGAACAGUGCAAUUCAGCAUUGUCAUACGAACUUGCUGGUAUUUAUGGAUCGGACAAAGUCCAGCAAGCCGACGCCUCCAGGAUCAUAUCAGCACUUGGGAAAAUAGCAGACCUAAGGCACAUUGACAUGCUUGUUCUUCUCAAAAGCAUUGAUCCAGGAGUGCUAAACGCGUUCGAGCCGUUAACCGUACUCUCCGUGCUGUGCGUUAUGUUGGCGGGCGAAAGGGCGCCCGCGCCAGCUGACCUGCUCGCAUUUUUCACGGAAUAUGAGAUCGAUUUGCCAACUGCCCUAGGCGCGGCGACAACCAUGAAAUGCUUGAUUGGGCGUACCGACAUAAGCGUAUCCGAGGUGAUGGAAGCUGUAGACGCCGUUAACGCCGCAGCCGUCAGGCGUUCAUCGCGGAUAAGAAGGACGAAGAAAUCCGAAAGUAGGGAUUGUACUGACGAUGCAUUCCCGAAGAUGGCCAACAGGGGAUCUUCUCACAUGGAUGCGCCUCCAGGGCUUUGGCGCACCGUCCCGAGACAGAGCAGUGGAAGCUUCGUGGAGGUAUUGAGCAGGCAGCUGAAAAGCAACCUCAACAAGCUAACUAUCGAGAAGUUCGAAACGUUGGCUGAAAAAAUCGCAACCCAGUGCGAAGCGCUGGAGGACUAUAACCAGCUGCAAGUGGCAGCAGAUUUGAUUUUAUCGAAGGCCGUUCAGGAGCCCGACUGGUCAGAGAUGUAUGCUGACCUUUGUCUCAUUCUCUCAUGGCGCUCGAGAGAGUAUGAAUGUUCAGGAAAGCGAGCGACAUUUGCAUCCGCGCUACUUACUAAAAUCCAGCGAGAGUACGAAGCCACCCCUCGUGACUUGGACGCCGUGCGCGCGACAUUAGGCGAUGACCCAGAUGCGGGUAUGAAAAGGUUGAAAACCAGAAUUUUAGGAACAGUAAAGAUGAUCGGCGAGCUGUUCCAGCGCCGCAUCUUGGGGUUCAAGAUCGUCAGCAAGGUGGUGAUGGACCUUGUGAUGGCCUCAGAUGAGCCACACGAGCACCUAAUAGAAUGUUUUCUGCAGUUAAUUUAUAGCACCGGCUACUACAUAGACCAGCAUCCAAACCUCAGGCCGGUGUUGGACAUGUGGUUUGGCCGCCUUAAGGAGUUAAUGCUCAAGACUUGCUACUCCAAACGCAUCAAGUGUGUGAUGCAGGAUGUUUUGGACUUACCCAAAGCCCAGUGGCGUAAAAAAAUCCACAGGGACACAGCGCAGGCCCUAAGCGAUCUGCGGGACCAAGUGCAAACCGAAGACAUUUUGGGUGGUUCCGCCGUUGCCGCGCAAUAUGGCAACAUCGUCGUUGUCGGCGAAAGAAGGAACCUAGGAGCCAAAUGCACGUACGGCGAUUACAUGGUUCGCCAGGAAGAUUUAUACAAAGCAAAGAAGUCUGCAGGCAUGAAGCCUUAA